AUGGCCAGAACUAAACAAACAGCCAGAAAGUCCACCGGUGGUAAAGCCCCAAGAAAGCAGUUGGCCUCCAAGGCCGCCAGAAAGUCUGCCCCCGUCUCCGGAGGUGUCAAGAAGCCCCACAGAUAUAAGCCAGGUACCGUUGCUUUGAGAGAAAUCAGAAGAUUCCAAAAGUCGACCGAGUUGCUAAUCAGAAAGUUGCCAUUCCAAAGAUUGGUCAGAGAAAUCGCUCAGGACUUCAAGACCGACUUGAGAUUCCAGUCGUCUGCCAUCGGUGCCUUGCAAGAAGCCGUGGAAGCCUACUUGGUGUCGUUGUUUGAAGACACUAACUUGUGUGCCAUCCACGCCAAGAGAGUCACCAUCCAGAAGAAGGACAUCCAGUUGGCCAGAAGAUUGAGAGGCGAGAGAUCUUAG